CCCAUAAAAGCACUGCCCUGUGUGAGCACCAGUAUCCACCACUGCUUCCUGGCUCAGCUUGGGAAAAGGGCUCAGCUCUCUCACACCAAGAUGUCUUGCUACGACCUGUGCCCACCAAAAACCAGCGUCGCCGUGCCCCAGCCCAUCGCUGAGAGCUGCAACGAGCUGUGCGCGCGCCAGUGCCCCGACUCUACGGCCUUCAUCCAGCCACCGCCCGUCGUCGUCACCUUCCCCGGCCCCAUCCUCAGCUCCUUCCCCCAGCAAGCUGUGGUGGGCUCCUCCGGAGCACCCGCCUUUGGCGGCUCCCUGGGGCUGGGGGGCCUCUACGGCGCCGGGGCCACUCAGGGCUCGGGGGGCCUCUGCACCUUUGGCAGACCCUACGCUUCUCCUGCCUGCAACCCCUGCGCCUUGCCCCGCUACAGCAGGAAGCUCUGGGACACCUGUGGGCCCUGCUAA